GGGGUCCUUUGCGCCCCCCCCCCAGCCUCCUUUGUUUGCCUCUUCAGACGAGGACUUUGAUCAUAGUCUUCCGAUCGGAGGUGCGUCGCAAUUGCGACCUUCUAUCGCGGCAGCAGAUCGACAGCGGACGGCCGCACAAAUGCGGGGUGCGUCAAUCGACUGCGUGUCGCCGGCCCCUGGUCGCGAUGCUGUGCCGACGCCGAAUGACAGCGACGUUGGGAUGAGUCCCUCGCCAGCUACGCCUCGCAGCACGUCUAGCACUCCUCGCACGGGGGAUCCGAGAUGGGUGCGUUGUAGACGCGACCAGCAAGUGCUUCUUAGUUCGCUUGCAAGUGCGCUGACCAAGAAAUUCACAGCAAUUGCAAAGAGCUCGGGGGACGUGCAAAAGAAAAGUUUUUCUUAUGAGAAUGUGUUCGACCAGCUUCUUGAAUGGAGUGCCCCUCACGUCGACGAGAUGAUGACGGAGAACGGCCCGAGUGAGCAUUCGUCCGGACAUGGAGGAUUGACCUAUACCCAACUAAACAACCUCUUGUCAGGCGUGGGGAUGAAGGAGGUGAGGAAAAAAAUGUAUUACAAUUUCUUCCGCGAUGAAGGGAAAGGUUCGCGCCAGUGGUUGCGUCAUGUCGAGCGUGUCACGCAGAGGAGCUUCGACAGGGUCAUUGCGCGCUUGCGACGGUCCAGAGAUCUGGUUGUCAUUCUGGUCGACGACAGGUAUGAUUCGUCCCGUGAUGCUCAACAUUGCACGGUUUCGGCGGUGGAUUUGAAGUCUGGGAUGUUAGUGGGCACGAAAACGAUGGAGAGGGGCGGCGAGUCGUCAUGGCGGCUAGAGACGCAGUGUGUUGAAAGGCUCUUGCAACGGUUGAAGGAUGAGAAAAACUUGAUAAUUGCCGAGGUCGUGCAUGACGAUUGUGGCGCUGUCGGCGUGGUUCUGCGGCGCAUGAACAUCGACUCGCAAAAGUGCAUGUGGCACAAGGCGAAGGCAUUGAUAAAACGACUGCGAGAGGCCAUUCGUGCAACAAAGACUGUCAAGUCAGGUGCCAUCAUCGCAUGCGAGCACAUGCGCGAGGUGAAGUGUUUCACAAAGAAGGAGCUCAAAGAAUGGCUCGACUCGAGAGGCGUGUGCGUGGAGGCAGUGGGCACGAAGAAGAAGGAUGAGCUCGUCGAACUGGUGUGGGGUGUGCUGUUUCCCGAUCAAGCAGGCAAACCAUUGUCGGACGACGUUGUUGAGAUCGAUGCGUUGGAGACGCUGCACUCUAAUGCCGCGGAGGAAGCCAAAGAAUGGUUGUAUGGCGCUUGCAGGCUACAAAAGAGCGUUGGGGACGACGAUGGCGAUUUGCUGGCCACACACGUGCAGCACUUGGCCAACCAUUGGAGUGGGGAUCACUCCUUAUGCGAGAAGGAGUUGCCGAACCUAUGCAAGGCUGCCGGCGGCCAGGAACGAGCGGCCUUGUACGAAAACGGAGGUCGAGUUCAUUUGGCGAUUUCUCGUUGUUUGCAGCAGUUCGCAUCGAACACGAAGAUGGCUUACUACACGAGCGUCAGGAUGACAUUCAACAACGAAUGUUUCCAUUCUGUGAUCAACAAGUACGCAACGAAACGAGUAAACUUCCCUAAGUCGUAUGAGGCGCGUGUUUGAUGCAUAGCAUUGGAGUGGAACAAGAACAAAGCGAUAAGACCAGU